ACCAGAUGUUAAUUGAAAACUGAUGUUGGUCUCUAUGGAUGGCUAUGGCAUAAGGGUUUUCUUCAUCCCAAAUGUGACUGUUAUGCCGGCCACAGACUAUCAGGUACACCUGACAGGUACGCCUGAACAGUUACGCCUGUCAGGUGUACCUGAUACCGUAGGAGCACACACACUCUUCAUGUAUACCUGUCAAGUUUGUCAGUUCACAUCAUGGAUUCUCCUAAAGAUGAUCUGCUCUUUCUGUCCUUAUUUUUUGUAAUUUUUGCGAUACGUAAAAACAGACGGAAGAAACGCAAACAAUGGUGUAAGGAAUGGUUGCAGAGAAGAAAUGAAUUUACCCAUAUAAAUCUCCUUAAUGAUUUAAGACAUGAACCAUCUGAUUAUAACAAUUUUCUGCGCAUGAACGAAUCAGUGUACAACGAGUUGCUGUCACUUGUAUCUCCCUUGAUUAAGAAGAAAGAUACACAAAUGAGAACAGCUAUAUGCCCACACGAAAGACUGACAGCUACUUUGAGAUUCUUAGCAACUGGAAAACCGUAUGAGUGUCUAAAAUAUUCAAAUAGGAUUUCAUCACAAACUCUUGGACAAAUUAUUCCUGAUACAUGUGUGGCCCUGUACAAAGUUCUGCAGAAAUACAUUAAGUUUCCCAAUUCUACAGAAAAAUGGGAAAGAAAUAUCAAAGGAUUUUGAGAAUCGAUGGAACUACCCACACUGCAUAGGCGCCAUGGAUGGCAAGCAUAUUGAUAUAAUUCCCCCAAGAAAUUCGGGCUCUUAUUAUUUCAACUACAAAGGAAAGCAUAGUAUGGUUCUUCUUGCUAUUGUAGAUGCAAACUACCGAUUUCUCCUUGUGGAUUUCGGAACUAAUGGCCGCGUAUCCGACGGCGGUGUACUCCAAAAUACACGUUUCUAUGAAAAAUUAGUGGAGAAAAAUCUACAUAUUCCUUCGCCUGACGACGUAACUGAAAUUUUUAAAAAUGUCCCCUAUGUGUUUGUGGCGGACGAUGCAUUUCCGCUGACAACUGAAAUUUUGAAGCCAUUCAGACAGGCAUUUCUCAAUUCUGCCAAAAAAGAGGUUUUUAACUAUCGUAUAUCUCGCGCAAGGCAUAUAGUUGAAAACGUAUUUGGUAUUCUUGCAUCGAGAUUUCGUAUUUUUCAUACGGCAAUAAAUUUAGAACCACAAAAUAUUGAAAAGGUUGUGAUGGCAGCUUGUGCUCUGCAUAACUUUUUGAUGGAUAAACAACCUACAGUUUAUGCCCCUGCAAAUUGUUUGUAUCAAGAAAGUGAUCAAGAUGGCAAUAUUUUGUCUGUUGGCUGCGAUAGUACAUAAUCUAAUAUGAACCCACUACAAUCUUGUAAUCGAGGAAAUAUUUGUGAAAAUGCCAAAGAAGUUAGAGAACAAUUCAUGGAUUACUUCAUGGACGAAGGGAAAGUGCCAUGGCAAAAUAAACACAUAUUGAGGAACAACCAGAACUAAUGAAAUAAAGCGUAAAGUAGUACAGUGUGGAAGGCUUUCUAAACUAACACUUUUAUUUACCUACCUAAGUAAAAAUAAACUCAACUAAACAAUUAUUUAUAUACAGAUUUAAAUAAACAUUGUCAAAAAUAAUAUUUAUGUUUUCCUUACCUCAUCAUUGUCCCUUUCAGGAGAUAAAUUUGAGACCGAUGAUCUAGGAUUAUCUUGGUCCUUUAUGAAAUCAAAAAGUUCGAAGUACCAAAGAGAAGGUUUGUAUACAUUAUCUGCUGAGGCGCCAGAUUUCAUUGAGGAGUCAAUUUUCUUCUGCUCCUUUCGAACAUUGGAUCUCAAACUGUUGAUUUUUUUUUAACCAAGGUCUCGUUUGCAUCAGGCUCUAUUUCCUUCAAUUUGUUUACUAAUUUUCUGUAUGCAGCAUCUCUCUGGUCUCUAUUGCGAUAGUCAUUAUCUUUCACUUUCCACAAGCAAGGUUCACUCUUAUAAAUUUCAAUAAGAUCACCAAGAACUUCAUUAUUCCGUUGCGACAUUUUUCAGUAUCUACCUAAAACUGAUUGUUUUGAAAAUUUAACCUGUCCACAUCAAAGAAUUGCUAAAAACUGAGACCUGUUCAGGUUACACCGCCACACACACGUCAAGUCUACUCGCCUGUCAAGCAGAACUGAUCGAAUUCUCAUCAGUUGUCAGGUCGCCUGACAGGCUAGAUAUUCCCGCCACACACUAUAAGGUACACCUGACAGGAGUAACUGUUCAGGCGUACCUGUCAGGUGUACCUGAUAGUCUGUGGCCGGCAUUACGGCUAUUAAAAUAACCGUCCUUUGUAAAACAGGACUCGUCAGUAAACAAAACGUAGCGACCAAAGUUUGGUUGCCUCAACUCCUGCUGCAGUCACCGACGACAAAAACGUCGACGCGGCAGAUAGUCUUCUGGACCCAUGGCUUGGACUUUUAAAAGGUGGUAUGGGUGAAGUUGCUGGUCAUGGAGAACC